AUGAUACAGGAAGUAAACAAGCAGGCGACGGUGACGCUCAUGAGACCUCCCAUCCCGUGCCAUGACAGCUCGUGCAGGUGUGAUGUUGCUCUGGCAUGCAUGACCUCCACAUCUCAUCCCGAGGGCGUCAAGCCAGACAGUAACCCCCCCGGUGCCAUGGCUGAGGUGUUGGGACAAAGGAGUUUGUUAGGCUUUGGUGUGGUGUUGGCAUGGCUGGUGCUGUUCCACCUGCUGGUCAACAUCUGGCUGCUGUGCGUGUUCACCAGCCUGCUGGUGGUGCUUGGCGGCUGGCUCGGCUCGCAGGCCGUCCUGGAGUCCAACAGUGUGCUCCACCUGGAGAGGUUUAUCACCAUGGAGCAGGUUCCACCAUCUGUGGAGGAUGAGCAUCACUUGGACAUGGAGAUCCACAACACUGUGCGGAAAAUCAUAAGGGACUUUGUCACUUCCUGGUACUCCACUGUGUCCUCUGAGAGUGCUUUUGAAACAGAGGUCCAGGAGGCCAUGAUCUCCAUGGCCAUGGAGCUGAAAAUACGCGCCAGACAGCUUGACAGGAAGGAGCUGACCCAGAGGAUCCUGGAUCUGUUCGGCUGCCACCUGCAGGACUACAUCAGAGCCAAGGAGUUGUUGACCGAGCAGAAAAUGUCUUUGACGGACAACUGGAGCAAUGAAAGCGAGCAGCUGUGGAAAGCGUAUUCCAGCGUUACCACGCCUCAUCUUGCCAUGACCAGUGACGCAGAGGAAGUCAACUACACCAGAGCAGUUGUAGAUUUAUUGCUGCAUGUUUUGGUGCCAUCGCCUCACUUAGAGACCCGCACUGGACGCUUUGUUGUCGGAGAGCUCAUCACCUGCAACGUUCUGCUCCCUCUUAUCGCGAAACUGUCUGACCCCGAUUGGCUGAACAUUCUCGUGAUCGAAAUAUUCAACAAAUCCAGCCAACCAAAGGAGCCAGUUGCAACAGAGCCUCUGGCUUCAUCGCCACCGCUACCGCCGCCACCUGCUGAAUGUGAGCCAGCUCCACUACAAGAGACAGCACAUGUACCUCAAAAGAAUAAUGAAGUUCCCCCGCUAAGAGCGGCGACCGAAGUGGUCAGUGACGCAGAAGUGGCCACGCCUGAGCUUGCCGCCUAUGACGUGAUUGACUCAGAGGAGGUGGACUGUUCACACAACAACGCUGAAGAAGAAGACCCUACUCUACCCUUUUUAAGACAUUACAUGAGAGGAAGCAAGUCAAACCCAUUUUACCAGGAGAAUGACUCUGACCUGGAUUCUCCUCUGGCUGACUUCAAACGAAGCUCCAUUGACUCCCUGGUGAUGAUCGACCAAGACGAGGGUCUGUAUGACAGGCAGAAAGAAUGUGCCACAUCUGUUGACAACAUUGGUGUGGACCUGGAGGAUGUUUGCCCCAGUCCAAUGGACGGCUCCUGUACUAAGGUCCUGGUGAGUUCAGAACCAGUAAGCCAUCCUAAUGGCUGUGACCCCUCAUCAGCUCGGACAGCAGAGGGGACUCCUGGUAACAGCAGCCUCCAGGACCUGGAGAGGGAAGGUAGUUCUCCUUCAGUAAACCCAGCCCGAGAGCUCCUUCUGGGAGUAGAGCAGACUGGGCUGGGGAACACCAACGAGCUGACUGUAGUCAGUCCGCUGCAGGGCUCUUCCCCGAUACCGUCGUUCAGUUUCGAGCCCCUCAGCAGCCCCGAUGGACCAGUCAUCAUCCAGAACCUCCGCAUCACUGGCACCAUCACAGCUAAGGAGCACCGCGGCACUGGCUCACACCCCUACACUCUCUACACCAUCAAAUAUGAGACAGCGAUGGGCUGUGAGAACCCAGGAGGCAUCCAGCCAGGCUUUGAGGAUGCUGAUGUUUUGCCGUCAGGUUGUGAGAAUCCGUCACCCAUUCAGCCAGUAGCCUAUCACAUGGUCAACAGACGAUACAGCGAGUUCCUCAACCUGCAGACACGGCUGGAAGAAAAAUCAGAGCUACGGAAACUCAUCAAAGGUGUGAAAGGUCCAAAGAAAAUAUUCCCAGACAUGCCGUUUGGAAACAUGGACAGUGACAAGAUAGAGGCCCGGAAAGGACUUCUGGAGACCUUCCUGAAGAACCUCUGUGCCAUCUCUGAAAUAGCCAACAGUGAAGAGAUGCAGGAGUUCCUGGCUCUCAAUACAGACGCCAGGAUUGCCUUUGUCAAGAAACCUUUCAUCGUGUCACGCAUAGACAAGAUUGUAGUGAAUGCCAUUGUGGAUACCCUGAAGACAGCGUUUCCUCGUUCAGAACCUCAGAGCCCAACAGAGGAUAAUGAGACAGAGAUGGAUGCAGCGAAAAUAAGUUCUGACAAGAAGAGCAAGUCUCGUCUGAAGUUCUCCAGUAAAAACGUCCCCUUCAUGAACGGCUCAGACAUUAGACCGCCAGUUUUGUUCAGCUGGGAGAAAACUAGUGCCGUGUUGAACGGGAUGUCUUUGGAAGAUUUGCAAGUCUUUGUCAGCGACCAAGAAAAACUCUCCAUCAGAGCCGAGUCAGAGAAGGAGGACAGUCCAGUAAUAAAACAAUUCGGAGUCUAUCUGGAUGAGAGCUUUCGAGGAAAGCACGGUCAGGAAACUGCCUCUGAGACGGCGCUGGCUGAGGUGGCUCUGAACAUCCUGUGUCUGCUGAUGAAGGAGCAGUGGAGCUGGCUAUGCACUGAAAACAUUCAGAAGACCAUCAGGCUGCUGUUUGGGACCCUUAUUAACAGAUGGCUGGAUGUGAGCAUAGCCAACCUGACAUGCACCAGGUACUGGGUGGUGUACCUGCAGGUCAUACAGGAGGCCGUGUGGCCAGGAGGAGCUCUGCCUACGGCCCCUCGACUUGAACGCAGCCAGCAGCAGAAAGACAGCACCAGGCAACAAGCCUUACAGUGUCUGAUGAGACUCCUACCAGAUCUGGUCUCUGACAUGUUGGGCUCAGACAAGUACAAACUCAGCUGGCAGACUGCACUGGACUCUUUUCAAGACCCCUACAUUAACAGACAUCUGGUCUACUGCAUAUUUGAUCUUCUGCUUGAGUUCCUGGUUCCUGAAAUACCUGAGGAGGACUUCCAGAGGAGCCUGUUGCACACGCUGUCCAAGAACCCCGAGAAGCUGCUGGCAUGAGGAGAAAACCCACAGGAACAACCCAGCUUCCAUUUUCCAUUAUCCUAACUGAUCAGUCACCACUGAUGAAUUGCUAAACAGCAGUGUGACAGCGAGGCUGCUCCUGUUCUACUAAUCUUCUGCAAUGAGAGUCUAAGUGAGUGUGUCUGGUGAGACUGAAUAUUCUGUGUCCCCACUACUCGUGAGGUCCCUCAGUCCUGUCUUUAAUUACGUGUUGAUGUGUUGACAUGCGUGGGUCUUGAACAUGGUGUCCUGUACACACACACACACACACACACACACACACACUUCUACACAAACUACAUUUGAAGCAGCUUUGAUUACAUGAGAGCACCUGGUUUGUGUUUGAUCUCAGAAUGUGUCUGACGUGCCGUUCAGAUCUAAACAUGUGGCAAAGUCUCCUCCAAUCUCCCCAUCAGGCCUCUUCCUGCUCGCUAAACUCUGCGGCUUUGACUAAACUCACUUCAGAUGGUCUUCACACUCUGCCCUCAUCCCCUCUCGCAGGUUCAGGGUAGAAAAACCCACACCUGUUGCUCUACUCUGGAGAAGCAGGAUUUGCUUUUCCCCCUAACUUAAAUCUCAAAAUGCUCCGUUGGGAUUCAGCAUCACUGUUUCUAUUCUCCGUUGACCCAUUCUUCAAUAUCCCACUGGCUCUGUAUCGAGCUGCACAUGUGAUUCUGACAUAAUGUGAGCUCUACUCCUUAAAUCUGAGACUUCCUGAGGGAUCACAUGUCUCUGGCAGUGACUUUUUUUAACCUGCAAAUGUCCAGGUGUAGGAAAGGAACAUACUGUAGUGUAGUGUGGUGAAGAGUUAGACGUAAGACAUUUUACUGGCUUCGCAGAUGCGUCACAGUUCCUUUAACAGGCCCCUCGGAGAAUUAUCUGUGCAGUUAAUGUCUAAAUCAUACAAGAACCUGGCUCCACAGAAACAGGUAUAUGAAGGAUUGAGGAAAGGCGUUAGUCAAGGUCCAUUCGGCAACGUAAACAGUGAACUGCUGGAGUCUCACUUACUUUUGGUUGUAUCUGUCCAUGCUGUCAGCUCUCUAAAAUGUCUGCUUCCACCCAAAUACUAUAUACUUUAAUAUGUGGUGAUCACAGCUUUUUAAAAAUAGGUUCGAAAAAUUUAAGAGCAGUGAGUCCAGAAGUAGGACUAGGCAAUAUAUCGAUAUCAUGUCAAUAGUAGGGAUGCACCAAUUUUGAAAUUCUGGGCCGAUACAGAUGAUUUAAGGCUGCCCCCAAGAAGUCGACCAAACGUUAGUCAACUAGAAAGGUCAUUAAUCCGCAAACAUGAAACUCUAGUAAGAGCUGUGCCUUGACUAGACCAUGUGGGACUUUAAUUUGAAAGGACAGACACAGGAAGUGUCCACGCUCAGCAGUCAGACAGGAGUCAGGUUAAUCUCCAGGGCUGGUACCUGCGGUUAUUCCACAGGCUAGUUAAUAACAUGUCGGGCAGGAAAUCCAAAGUGUGGGAUCAUUUUGAGAAGGUGAAGGACGAACCCAAGGUGAUAUGUAAACUCAUCUUCAUUGGUCGACUACAAACAUGACGUAUCAUCUGAAACAUGGAAGUAGCUACAUGCCCAUUAGCCCACAGCGUCAUUAACAGGCGGCUCGCUCAGUGUGUGACGUGCACUUGGAGAUAAAAUAUAGGCCUAUAUUAAUGAAGGUUCAUUAGUACGGUUUGUAUUUCUCUGUAAUGUAGCACAGUGUUAACAAUGUUACUGAUACUAUUCUUUCUCACACCUUCAACUCAAACCACCAAAAUAUAUCAUUUAAUCAUUACAUUAAUAUCGUAAACAUGCGGGCAACUAGUCGACUAAUGGCCCUAAAUGACGACUGUUGGUCGACUAGGAAAAUUCUUAGUUUGGGGGGGCAGCCCUAUGAUGUUUAAUUGAUCCUUGCCACCUGAUUAGCCAAAUCAGACAUAUUCUGAUGUCUAUAUAGUCAAUGCUUUUUCCCUGGACCUCCACCUUUGCUGCCUGAGGACAGUGAAGUCGUGGAGUUCAAUAGCUGUGGUCAGUCAUCUGCUAGUCACAUUAGCAACCAUCUGAAGAGAGUUUAAGUGGUGUCACAACACAGUCUGCAGUCAUUUCAAACAUAUUCUUGAAGGUUUUUGCAUUUUGGAAAUAGCGCCUUAGCGUCUUACUGCCUUCACGGUGACAACACAGCAGUCACCGCUUCUCUCCCAGCUGGACAGACAUAGAACGGAAAACUGUUGUAGUGUUAAUUUCACAACACAGAUGAUCCCCCUCAUAUCUUUACCACGGCGUAAUGUCUUAACAAACUGUCUUAAAAUUCUGCUUAGUUAAUCUUCAGUUGCAGCUGGCCAGAAUGAUGAUGUCAUCCAGACUAAACCUUUUCUGGCAUCUGAGAGUCCAAAAUGUUCUGACUAAAAUUUGGAGAACUAGUAAUGUGAAGUUAAGACGGCAUACCUUUGUAAUUUAUUUUUAGGAGGAUGCAAUGUAAAUGGGCUUUAUUAAUACUCAGUAUUUUCCCAUUUGACAUAUAUCCAAUAUGUCUCCUGUGACUAAAUCUGCACAUUCGGUUAUGUCAUGUGUGUUUGUGAUGCCAAGUCUGAUAAAUGUUACAUUCCAUUGUGUAAGUAAAAAAUGAUGCUAAUGUUACAAUCAUUCCAGUGUUUUGCACUCAUGUCCUGGUUAAGUGGUCUUAUCCUUGUCUUAAAGGGAUCAUUCAGUCUUUUUAAGUGGGGUUGAAUGGAGUACUUACCCGCGGACAGUAUAUUACACACAGUAGAUGUCAGUUGGCAUGCCCCAAGUUUGGAGAAGCAGACGGGAGUCCGACACGGGAGCUAAGCGAUGUACUGUUGUGGAGGGGUCAGCAGCAAAAGGUGUUCUGCCCACCUAAAAAAAUCAUUAUCAGUUGCUAUCACUGCUUUACCUUUCUGUCAGACAUCGAUUUCCAUUGGUAAAAUGAAGCCAUUGUAUCACUCUCUUCAAAGCCAGACUCCAUUGUCAAAAACAGCGAUUUAACAUUGCUGAACACAGGAGCUGCUGGUCUACUGCUGCCUCGAACAGUUAGUUAGUUUGUGGUUUUGUGUGACUUUGGCAUUUAAAACAGUUAGUUCGGAUUCACCAAAGUCACACAAUACCACAAAUUAAUUGACUGAUUUAGGGAUUCACCGAAUAUUCGGUAACCGAAUAUAUUCGGCCGAGUAUUGCAAAAAAACACACAUUCAGUACUCGGUGGAAUAAGUGAAAAGCAAGGCCGAAUAAUAGCGGCGUGUUUUGAUAACGCAAUCAAACAGUGUGUGGUGACGGACGGAGUAAAAUGUCGGCAGUGUGGCGAUAUUUUACUCCGUCCGUCACCGCACUCGCAUUUGUGACUAAAAAUAGUUUUGUGCGAGCAAAAUAAAUCAUUCAGCACGCUGUGUGAGUACAGAUUUCAACCAGCAGCAGAAACGAAACAGCGAAUCCCGCCGGCUGUGGGUUCAACGGGGUCACAGACACGGACAGGAAUACGUAUUCCUGUCAAAUACAACGGCACAUGAUAACAGCUUACCGGCGACGGAGAAGUCCGGCUCCAGGUGAAUAACUUGUUGUCAUGACCCAAAAGUACCUGAACAACCGAGCUGUGGCAGCACACAGGUGUGGUGUGUCAGAGGAGAAACAAACUGUUCACAUUUCUCUCUUUGUGUCAGUAACGGUCCACAAACCUCGCCGCACUUUAGGGACUGUUCUUUACUUGUCAGGGGAGGAGGGUGGCUGGUUGAUUCUUAUUUUAUGUAUUUAUUUUAUUUUAAUCCCCCCUAUGUUAAUCACUUAUUGAUGCUGUUUUUGAAGUAUGAAUAAGUCAAUAAGUAAUUUAUUCCAUUGAAAUAUCAUUGAUGUAUUAUAGAAAAGUGAUUUAUCUUUUUAUAAAUGACAAAAGGCACAUCUGCCUCAUUUUCACUGUGGUGUCGUGAUACUACUCAGAACCAUGAUAUUUUCACUGGUAUCGUAUCGUGGGUCCCAAUUUUGGUACCGUGACAACACUAAUCUGGAGGGGGUUCAUCUGCAAAAACUAAUGAAAAACUAAACAACGGUAUUCGGUACUCGGCCAAGUGUUUAAUAUUAUUCGGCUUCGGCCACAGAUUUUCAUUUCGGUGCAUCCCUAGACUGAUUGAAGCAGCAGUAGACCAGCAGCUUCUGUGCUAAGUGUGCUAAAAUUGCUGUUUUUGUCAAUGGAGUCUGGUGGCUUUGAAGACAACACAUUUUAAGUGGUUAAAACAUCUUUUGUUGCUGACCCCCACCCACAGCAGUACAUUACUUAGAUUAUGUGUCGGACUCCAGCCUGCUUCUCCAAAUUGAGGGUGUGAUGACUGACAUCUAUUGUGUGUAAUAUACUGUCUUUUGAAAACUACCCCAUCCAACCCCACUUCAAAAAAUCCAAAUUAUCCCUUUAAAAUUUCCUUUUUUCUUUCCAUUGUGUUAACUUGUGAUUCACUGUAUUUUGUAACCUAUUUAUUUGCCUGAUUUACUAAUUUAUGACUUUCUGAGGUGUUCGUGCUGACAAACAGGAGCAUCCUCGCUCAUGAAGUGCUUUUAACUGGAUUUUGCCUUAUGAGUUUUGCAGCUGACCCUGCCUUAGUAGAAAAUAUGAAGCACCCAGUUCCAGCCCUCUGUAGUGAAACUGUUUGUCAGUUGUGUCAGAUUGUGCCGAACGUUGAAGCUGUUACAGUUAUUUGUUGUGAAGAGAUUUUAUUUUGCUGAAGGAAUCCGCGUAUGUGAAACAGAAAUAUGACACAGCACGUCUUGUCUUAUCUACUGCUGCAUAUAUUGCCACCGUGACAUAAAAUAUUCGCAAAUUAUUUUCUUGCUUUAACAAGAUCUUUAUCAUGUUUUAGAAACAUGUUUUUCUUGUCAUUACUUUGUCACUUUAUCUUAUGAUACAAAACUACUCAAAAUCAGUGUGUCUCAUUAAAACAAGAAAUGUUUCUUAUCACAUAACAGAACAAGAAAAAGAUCCAGCCAAUGACCAAAGAGCAGACAGUGUAGCCUACAAUCAGUCAGGAUUAUUUUAGUGUGAGUGUUGGAGAUAUCGGCCGUAGAGAUGUCUACCUUCUGUCCAGUAUAAUAGAACGAGAUGGCACUCAGCUUGUGGUGCUCAAAACACCAAAAAAAAUCAUUUUAAAAACUCAACAGCAAUGUCUCUUUCCAGAAAUCAUGACCUGGUUACUCAAAAAAAUCCACAGACUGUUGUGAGCAGUUUUAUGGAGAAACUAUUUUCUUUCUACUGAGCUACACCUGCCAACCGUGUCAGACCGUAUGGACUCUAACAUGAGACAGACGUUCGGGUUGGUGUCAAAACCCAGCACUGACUUAACAACAACCCCCAACCUUAGGUAGAUGCUGUGGUUGGGUUGAAGUCAAAAAUCCAGUAUUGGAUAGAUGUUAAAGUUUGGUUGGAAAUGAAAAUCAGGUUGAUGUCAAAGCCCAGUGCUGGCUUGACUUUCAGUGCUGGAUAGACAGUGCAUUGUGGUUGAAAUUCAAAAGAAGAUAUCCGUCUAACCCACGGUAGGGUUGACGUCAACUUUCCAACACUGUAAAAACGUUGAAAUUUGGUCUAAAAUGAAAAUCGGGUUGAUGUCAAAACCCAACGUUGGGUUGACAUCAAGCUUCCAGCAAUAUACAGAUGUUGAAUUUUGGUUGAAAAUUUAUAUAAAUUUGAAUGUCAAAUCCAAUGUUGGGUUGAUGUUAACCUUCCUUUGAUGUUAACCUUUUUUGUUUCAGUGAAAUGUUGAUUUUGUGUAAUAGUGAAAAGGUUUUGAAGGGUAUGAUGUUAUUGCACAAAACGUUACUUGUAAAAAAAAAAAUAAAAAAAAAAAGCAGUAUGUUCCAGCUGGCACUGGACGUCAGUGUGAUGUCAGAAGUGUGUUGGACUCUAACACUGACAGACAUUCCAGGUUGACGUCAAAACCCAAAGGUGGGUUGAAGCCAACAUUCCAGCAUUGGUUAGAUGUUAAAUUUUGGCUGGAAAUGACGAUGGGUUUACAUCAGCCUUUAACACUGGUGGGAUGUUGCAUUGUGGUUAAAUUUCAGAAGAAGAUUUUAGUCAAAGCCCACGCUGGGUUGACAUCAACCUUCCAAUACUGGAAAGACGUUGAAAUUUGGUCUGAAAGGAAAGUUGGGUUGAGGUCAAAACCCAACGAUGGCUGACAUCAGCCUCCAGCGUUGGACAGAUGUUGCAUUGUGGUUGGAAUUUAAAAUGUGAAACCCAUCAAAGCCCAGCAUUGGGUUUACAUCAACCUUCCAGCAUUGGAUGGAUGCUGAAUUUUGGUUGUAAAUGGCGAUAGGGUUGGCAUCAAACCCCAACGUUGGCUUGACAUCAGCCUCAAACACUUGAUAGAUGUUGCAUCAUGGUAGAAACUCAGAAGAAGACAACCCACUGUUGGGUUGAUGUCAACCUUCCAGCACCGGAAAGAUGUUGAAAUUUAGUCUGAAACUAAAAUCUGGUUGACGUCAAAGCCCAAUGCUGGGUUGACAUCAAGCUUCCAACAUUGGACAGACAUUGAAUUUUGGUUGAAAAUUAAUAUAAAUUUGAAUGUCAGAACCCAACAAUGGGUUGAUAUCAACCCUCCAGCAUUAGAUAGAUGUUAAAAUUUUGGUGGGAAAUGAAAAUCAGGCUGAUGUCAAAGCCUAACGUUGGCUUGACAUCAGCCUCCAGUAUUGGAUAGAUGUUGCAUCAUGGUUGAAAUUCAGAAGACAGCCCACUGUUGGGUUGAUGUCAACCCUCCAGCACUGGAAAGACAUCGAAAUUUGAUUUGAAAUAAAAGUCGCUUAGACGUCAAAACCCAACGAUCAGCUUCCAAUGUUGGAUAGAAGUGGCAGUGGGGUCGAAAUUUAGAAAGUGAUACCCAUCAAAGCCCAUCAACAUGGGACAUCAAACCUUCCAGCAUUGAAAGGAUGUUGGAUUUUGGUUGAAAAUUAACUUAAAUUUAAAUCUCACAACCCAACAUUGGGUUGAUGUCAGCCUUCCAACAUUGGAUUCUUUGUUUCAGUUAGACAUUGAUUUAAAGGUGCUGAUAUAACACAAGAUGAAGGAUGUGAUGUUGUUGCACAAAAUGUUCCUUGUAAAAAAAAAAGUGUUGUGUAUUAAUAAUGAAAAAUAUGUUGUUAUGACAUUAACAGGAUCUACUUAAAGCAAGACAUGCUGCCGUACUUGUUUGCUUUAUUCAGUAGUAGAUAUUAGACGUUACAUUAUUCAUGAGAAAAACUGCACAGUGCUGUUUGUCUUUGGAACCAAAUGUUAGUUAGAGCAGCCAGUGUUUUAUAGACAGUGACGAUAUAGACGUUAAAGCUAUUUGUGAUAGAGAAGUGUAUGACGUUGUACAACUGUAAUCCUGUUCUCUGUCACCUUUGCUCUGUUUUCACCUUCCUCCUCUUCUUUUCUAUCAGAUCUGUGUCUGCUGUUUAUCUAAACUGUCACUGUUAGCACAUGUUAGCACGAUGAAUCUGUCUCCAUCUGCUCGCACACACUGUGUCACAACCUUCUUCUCAGCAUUUGCUGGUUGUUCCUGAGCAUAUUUGCAAAAACAAUAAACUUCCCAAACAUGAGUUAUUAAAUCUUCAA